AUGUCCUUGCACGAUGCUUCCUCUCUAGGAGCAAUCGGCUCUCCCCACGAUCCCGAUGCGCCGCUGACGCUCGCGCCCGCGCAUGCGGCUGGUCACCCGGCCGGUCAUUCGGCUGACCAUCCGACCGGGCUCUUGGCCGGUCUCGCCUCGGAGCUUACGACGAUGACGAUGACGACUCAAGACCUGAACCACGUGGGCUUGCACCACGUCGACUCCGACUGGCUCGAUUCCCUGUGUUUUGCCCACGACGACGGGGGCCAGGCGUCGGCCUCGUUCGCGCCGGAGCUGCCUUUGCCGGGCUUUGUUGGCUCGCAGCACGCCGCUCUCGCCUUCCAGCCGUCGGACUUUGCUCUCGACCUCGGACUCGGACACGAGCCCACGUUCGGGCACGGGCCUCCCUCCGGCGCCGGCCUCGGGCUCGGGCACGGCGGCAGGCCCGAGCACCCCGCCAUGGCCGAGUUCUUCCUCAAGAAUGGCGGUUGGCGGCCGCCGGAGCCGUGCACGCACUGUCGCCGGCUGCGGCUGCAGUGCUUCAUGCUGCAGACGAAGGAGGCGAACCCGAACCCGGUCAACUCGUGCUCCAGCUGCGUCGCCCUCUUCCGGCAGUGCAGCCUGGCCGAGAGGUCGAAGCGGCAGCCGUCGUACUUUGAGACGCUGUCACCCGUCAUCGGCCGGCUCCACGGCGUCAACGAGGAGGAGGACCCGGCGGCGGCGGCGGCUGCGGCAUGGAACGCGUCUCCUCCCGCCGAGCCGGCGGCGGCGGCGUCGAGCAAGAGGACGAGCUCGCGCUCGGUGCGGAAGACGCAGGUCCUGCGCGACUGGUUCUCGGCCCACCUCGACCACCCCUACCCGAGCGAGGAGGAAAAGUCGUACCUCACGGCGCAGUCGGCCCUGACGAGGACCCAGGUGAUCAACUGGUUCACCAACGCGCGCCGGCGCCAUCGGCUGUCGUCGCAGCCGCCGCUGGCCACGGCCACCUUUCGGUCGGGCUCCCCGAUGCCGCCGCAGUCCCUGCUCUCGGGCAUGACGCCGUUCGAGAGGUGGCGUCACUCGCCCCCCGACAGCGAGCCCGUGCCGGAGUCGGCGAUCCAGCGCGCCAUCGACACGGCUCGGUCGCGCAACGGCCUCGACGGGGGGGCCGACGGUGUGGCCCUCGGCGCCGACGGCGGCCACGCGACCGGCAUGUUUACCGCCUCGGCCAGCGACGACUCCUCCAUGUUCCGCGCGUCGGCGUACAACCACUCCUCGGAAGCCUCGCUGUCGUCGUACUCGCACCGCUCCAACAGCGACGUCGCCCUGUCGGCCCACAGCCACGAGGGUUGUCCGCCCCGGCCGGACUGGAUCGACGCGGCGGGCAAGAAGAAGCGGGCCAAGGUACGAGCGUUCACGUGCGGAUACUGCUCCCGCUCCUUUUCCAAAAAGUACGACUGGCUGCGGCACGAACGGUCGGUCCACGCGCCCGGCGACGUCUCGUGGGUGUGCGCCAUGCCGCUGCCGCUGGAGCAGAGCUUGGUCGUCUGGCGGCCGGGCCACGGUCAGCCCGAGUGCAUCCUCUGCGGCACUCUCUCGCCGACGGAGGAGCACCUCGAUUCGCACGAGUUCGAGGCAUGCUCCAAGCGUGCGUUGAAGGACCGAACCUUUUCGCGCAAGGAUCACAUGUGGCAGCACCUGUACAAGUUCCACGGGUGCCGACGGUGGGAGGGGUGGAAGCCAGAUCUUAAUUCCCUCCGGCAUACGGCCUAG